UUUUGUUUUCCUCGGGGAAAAAAAAAAUCUCCUUCCGUUCGUUCUGCCCUUCAGCCCGAGGAGCGGAGGAGGAGGCGUCGAGGGCGACGGCGGCGCAGCGCAGCGCCGCGCUGGUGUCCACGCGGCGGAGGCGGCCCUCGCAGGUGGGAAUCCUUGCGCCUAGAAGAGAAGGGAUCCAGAAAAAGUUCAGAAGCCGCCGCCCGCCUCGUCCGGCACCAAACCCUAAGCGGGUUCAACAACGAGGUUUAGUGUCAGUCGGAGCUGAAUCAUGGCGGAGCACUUGGCUUCGAUCUUUGGCACUGAGAAGGACAGGGUGAACUGCCCUUUUUACUUCAAGAUUGGGGCUUGUCGUCAUGGGGAUCGCUGCUCCCGUCUGCACAACAGGCCAACCAUAUCUCCGACUCUUGUGCUUGCUAACAUGUAUCAGCGCCCUGAUAUGAUAACCCCUGGAGUUGAUGCUCAAGGCCAACCCAUUGAUCCUGAGAAGAUGCAGGAGCAUUUUGAGGACUUCUACGAGGACAUCUAUGAGGAGCUGGGCAAGUUUGGUGAGAUUGAGAACCUGAAUGUCUGUGACAACCUUGCUGACCACAUGAUAGGGAAUGUCUAUGUCCAGUUCAGGGAGGAAGAACAGGCAGCUGCGGCAUACAAUGCUCUUCAGGGCCGCUUUUACUCUGGCCGCCCGAUAAUUGUGGAGUUUUCUCCUGUGACUGACUUCCGUGAAGCAACCUGUAGGCAGUAUGAGGAGAACAGCUGCAACCGUGGUGGUUACUGCAAUUUCAUGCAUGUGAAGCAGAUUGGGAAGGAUCUCAGGAGGAAGCUCCAUGGGCGCUCCAGUUCCAUGAGGUACCAUGGGAGAAGCAGAAGCCCCCCGCCUCAAAGGAGGGGCCAUCGUGAUCGUGAUGACUACCAUCGUGGCCGUGAUGAUUACCGUGGUGGUGGUGGUGGUGGCGGACGGGGUAGAGGCAGCAGGCAUGACAGGUAUGAUGACGGAGGGGGCAGAGGUGGCAGGCACGAAAGGUACGAUGAUGGAGGGGGCAGAGGUGGCAGGCACGACAGGUACGAUGAUGGAGGAAGGCGCAGGCAUGGUAGCCCACCCCCUAGGCGUGGGAGGAGCCCAGUCAGGGAGAGCAGCGAGGAGCGCAGGGCCAAGAUUGAGCAGUGGAACCGUGAACGCGAGGCAAAGCAGUGAGGUCCCUGCGGCAAGCUUUCUCGAGACGAGCAUUGUUUGCUGGAGUUGUUGCUUAGCUCGUCGUUUACCGCUAUAUUCUAAGUGGACCUGUGUUGGUUGAUAUUCUGCUUGGUUAAGUAACCUUAAGUGCAGGAUUGCUCAGUUUAUUUCAGUUAAUCGGACAUGUAAACUUGAAAUAUUUAAACAUCUGUAUUGCGUCGGAUUAUUUGUUGUCGAAAGCUAUCAUUUGCGGUGUUAGUGUCAAGUCAGACUUGUCAUUCGAA